AACGAAUGCGGAUACGCGCGUGGUGCUGGCCACCUACGCUGCGCGUGUGCUCUGUGUGCACGCGCAGCCCAUGCGCAUGCGUGGUGAACUCCGUGAAAAAACGGUCCUAAGAAGGUUGUGUGCUGGCUAUAUAGUGUGUCCGCUGACCCUGCCUCACCACUGAGAAUCUGCGCCUCCAGACUUGGACCCAGGUACCAACACGAUGGCGGAUCUAAAGGUUGUGAAUACAAAACACACUGAAGAGACUGCAGCCGGCGCGCACCUCCUUGUACAGCUUACGGUGACAUCAUCACAAGCAUGUGUGACAUCACAGGGUUCUAAACCAUCUUCAGGAUAUGAAGGCACGCUGGAGUCAGGUCAUCACUGGAUAACAUCACCCUAUUGCUUUGACAAACCCAGCUCCAUUCUGCCUCGCUAUAAGAAGACCAUAUGGCACCAGUGGAUUCCAGGGGGAAAGUGGCAAGUAUUGAAUUUGUCGUGGCAGAUGAAAAAUUGCCUUCAGUCUGAUAUGAUAUGUCUGACUUUUUUUCUUAAAGACAUUCUAAACACAAAAGAAUUCCAGGUCUUGCAUCUGUACAUCACCACAAAACUGUUGGAUGACCUGAAGUUAGCUGAGCAAGCCAUGUUGUUGUGCUGGUUACGUUCCAAGGAUAUGAACGUCUUUUGUGGAAAACACAAUGAAGGAGCAUUGACAAGUGCACAUUCAUUCUAUUCCUCUGGAGCUAGGGGCUCAGCUCAAUUUUUUUCUGCCUGCAGUAUUGCAUUUCAAGUCUUCAAGAAAUUUGCUGUGGCAAUCAGAGGAGACCUGCUGAGGUGGUGCUCUCUUACAUUUCCACAACAUGCAAAACAAUGUCAUCUGUGUCCAACCAAUGUGAUCCCCACAUUGUACCCACAUGAUGUCAUCAGGUUUGACAGUUUGUUAUGA